UCGGAGGUUCCCAGGCAGCCAGGAUACCCCAGGCAAACCUAGAGGGAUCUGCCGCUUGAGCCUGGGGAUGGAGAGGCAGCAGAGGCUCCUAACCGAGGAGGAUGCCUAUCAGUUUCAGCAUCAAGGGGCGGUGGAACUGCUGGUCUUUAAUUUUCUGCUCAUCCUCACCAUUCUGACAAUCUGGCUAUUUAAAAAUCAUCGUUUUCGCUUCUUGCACGAAACGGGAGGCGCGAUGGUGUACGGACUUAUAAUGGGAUUGAUCUUACGUUAUGCCACAGCACCAACUGAUAUUGAAAGUGGAACUGUUUAUGAUUGUGGAAAACUGACCUUCAGUCCAUCAACUCUGCUGGUUAAUAUCACUGACCAAGUUUACGAAUAUAAAUACAAAAGAGAAAUAAGUCAACACAACAUCAGUCCUCACCAAGGCAAUGCGAUACUUGAAAAGAUGACAUUUGAUCCAGAAAUCUUCUUCAAUGUUUUACUACCACCAAUUAUAUUUCACGCUGGAUAUAGCCUAAAGAAGAGACACUUCUUUCAGAACUUAGGAUCUAUUCUGACCUACGCCUUCCUGGGUACCGCCAUCUCCUGCAUCAUCAUCGGGUUAAUUAUGUAUGGCUUUGUGAAGGCUAUGGUCUCUGCUGGCCAGUUGAAAAAUGGAGACUUUCAUUUCACUGACUGUUUAUUUUUUGGCUCACUGAUGUCUGCUACAGAUCCAGUGACCGUGCUGGCCAUCUUCCACGAGCUGCAUGUGGACCCUGACCUCUAUACCCUGCUGUUUGGAGAGAGUGUCCUGAACGAUGCGGUUGCCAUUGUCCUUACCUACUCUAUCUCCAUUUACAGUCCCAAGGAGAAUCCAAAUGCAUUUGACGCCGCCGCAUUCUUCCAGUCAGUGGGGAAUUUCCUGGGUAUCUUCGCAGGGUCCUUUGCAAUGGGAUCGGCAUACGCAGUGGUCACAGCGUUGCUGACCAAGUUCACCAAACUCUGCGACUUCCCCAUGCUGGAGACGGGCCUCUUCUUCCUCCUGUCCUGGAGUGCCUUCCUGUCCGCCGAGGCUGCGGGCCUCACAGGUAUAGUCGCUGUUCUCUUCUGUGGAGUCACGCAGGCUCAUUACACCUACAACAAUCUCUCGCUGGAUUCCAAAAUGAGGACUAAACAGUUGUUUGAGUUUAUGAACUUCUUGGCUGAGAAUGUCAUCUUCUGUUACAUGGGCAUGGCACUGUUCACAUUCCAGAAUCACAUCUUCAACACUCUUUUUAUACUUGGAGCCUUUCUGGCCAUCUUUGUGGCCCGGGCCUGCCACAUCUACCCGCUCUCCUUCCUUCUGAACCUGGGCCGCAGGCAGAAGAUCCCCUGGAACUUCCAGCACAUGAUGAUGUUUGCAGGUUUGCGAGGAGCCAUCGCAUUCGCCUUGGCCAUACGCAACACGGGAUCCCAGCCCAAACAGAUGAUGUUCACCACCACUCUGCUCCUGGUGUUCUUCACCGUGUGGGUGUUCGGAGGCGGGACAACCCCCAUGCUGACCUGGCUUCAGAUCCGAGUUGGUGUUGACCCGGAUGAAGAUCUGAAGGAAGAGCCCUCCCUGCAACACCAGGAAGCAAAUAACAUGGAUAAAAGCCGGACAAAGACAGAGAGUGCUUGGCUCUUCCAGAUGUGGUAUGGCUUUGACCACAAGUACCUGAAGCCCAUCCUAACCCACUCAGGCCCUCCGCUGACCAGCACGUUACCGGAAUGGUGUGGACCCAUCUCCAGGCUGCUCACCAGUCCUCAGGCCUAUGGGGAACAGCUCAAAGAAGAUGAUGUGGAGUGCAUUGUCCACCAGGACGAACUGGCCAUGAAUGUCCAGGAACAGGCCACAUCCCCCGGCAGCCCGGGUGUGGGGCUGGGUCUGAACCAGCAGCCAUCGCCCCAGACACCCAGCAGGGAAAACAUCUACGAGGGGGACCUGGGCCUUGGGGGCUAUGGUCUCAAGCUCGAGCAGGCCCCGGGGUCUGCCCAGCUGAAGUGACGGGCAGGGCGGGGUCAAGGAUGGAGUCCAGGAGGCUGAGGACUGGGGCCGCGGGGUGAGGGGACACUGGUCUCUCCCACCCCCUGCAGAGAUGGACACGUCCCUCUGCCUCCCACAGG